GACUUUGAUAUAGAAUCUAUCUGCACAAUUUCAUCGUAAUCGGCCCACUCGUUUUGGACAUAUUGUACUAACGAACAGACGGACAGAACGCGCAAAAUUAUGAACUCGCUAGGAGCUCGUUAAUAAAGACAGUUGUCCCGGAAAGGUUUUAGAGAGAAAAAUUACUUAUUAAAUAUACCCAUUAUUACGUAAUUAAAAUGCGAUUUCGUAAGUUGUUUAUUACUACACUGUGCUCUGUGCAGAUGAUUUCAUACAGUUAGCUGAAACUCAUUACAGUUUGAACCGCUAGAACAAAAAAUGUAUGUGGUAACCGGAAAAGUUGCACUGGUUACUGGUGGUUCUCGUGGUAUCGGCGCCGGAAUAGCAAGGGAACUUCUAAAAGCUGGAUUAAAGGGAGUUACCAUUAUUGAUGUCAACGAAGAAGAAGGGUUAAACUUGGUAGCUGAACUUAACAACGAAUUUGGCCAAGGGAAGGCUUUAUUUUUCAAGACGGAUGUGUCGCUUCGCGAAGAGGUUGAUGCCGCAUUAAGACGAACAGUGGAAGUGUAUAACAACUUAGAUAUUGUUAUAAACAACGCCGUCAUAAAUGGCGAACGGGACUGGGAACGAAACAUUGCCGUGAAUUUGAUCGGUACGAUUAAUGGUACAGUUUUGGCACAUGAGAAGUAUUUAGAAACGUAUAGAAGUGGCGAAGAAGCUGUAAUCAUUAACGUUUCAUCCGUAGCUGGGUUAUACCCUUGUGCUCCGUUACCCAUCUAUGCGACGGCAAAAUCUGGAAUAAUUGCCUUAACGCGCUCACUGGGGUGUAGUCCCCAUUAUACUCGAACUAAAAUUAAAGUAAUCGCAGUUUGCCCAGGUACUACAGACACGCCUGCUCUUACAAUAGUUAAAUUUCUAGGCCCCGCUUAUAGUGAUUUAUACGACGAUCUUCGAAAAUGUACUCCACCACCUCAAAGAGUUUCUUCGGUUUCUAAAGGCAUACUGCAAAUAAUUGAAGAGGGCGAAAGCGGAUCUGUAUGGGUUGUUGAGCAAAAUAAGAAACCUUCGGAGCUUGAGUUUUUAAUUAGAACUCAAAGUGAAUGACAAGAAUUUAGUCCAAAAUUGAUUUUAAAGCAAAAUUUGGAUGCUUUACGAUUCACAAAUCAUUGGUUAUUGCAAUACCGUGUCACUCAUAAUCACUCAUUACGUCAUACAUGCAAAAUACAUGUAUACAUUUUGUAGUAAAGUUAUUGAGCAAAGGUUUGCUUUUUUAACAAUCAUCACAGAUAAGAGAAUCGUAAGACGAGUGCAAAAAUUACUAUAUGUAA